CGUCGAUAUAACUGUAUCAACUUCGCCAGCCCUCCCUCUUGUUCGCCUUCUUCCUGUUCUAGCCCACCUCAAAUGCCACCCUACUGUCUACAAGACUGCCACUACUUCUUCCGCACCGCUCUUCGUGGCCUGUCCAUCUCGACGACCAUCUCACCCUUGUACACUUGAACUGACACAUGAUCGCCAUGACUGCCAGAAGACUUACCAAUACCUCGACCUCAUUAGACAAGGUUGUUUCCUCGUCGAGUCCCCCAAGAUCCGUUCCUCCAGAGUUCGACCGCUCCAACUCUGCCUCGAAGGAGACUGGAAAGUCAUUGCCUGUCGCAUCGCAGAAAAGCGAGAAGGCCGCCAUGGCUACUCAGGGUGUCACUUUCGCAUCUCAAGACAAGCUGCCCAAGCUUCCUAUCCCGGACCUGGACAAGUCUUGUACCAAGUAUCUCUCAUCUCUCAGACCUUUGCAAUCAGCCAGAGAGCAUGCAGAAUCCGAAGCUGCUGUCCAAGAGUUUCUCCGAGCAGAGGGACCUGAACUGCAGGAGAAGCUCAAGAAGUAUGCCUCGGGAAAGUCCAGCUACAUCGAACAGUUUUGGUACGACUCAUACCUCAACUUCGACAACCCCGUCGUUCUUAACCUCAAUCCUUUCUUCUUACUCGAAGACGACCCAACACCCGCCCGAAACAACCAAGUCACCCGCGCCGCAUCGCUUGUCAUAUCUGCACUCUCAUUUGUGAGAGCUGUGAGGAAGGAAGAGCUGGAGCCAGACACCAUUCGAGGUCAACCUCUGGACAUGUACCAAUACUCGCGCCUGUUUGGCACCGCUCGCAUCCCCACCGAAAACGGUUGCCAGAUCGGUCAAGAUCCUUCGUCCAAGCACAUUGUCGUUCUGGUGCGCGGCCAGUUUUACUGGUUCGAUGUGCUGGACGACAAUAACGACCUGAUCAUGACCGAGAAGGACAUCACUGUGAAUCUGCAAGUUAUUGUGGAUGAUGCUCAGCAGAUACCCAUCCAGGAAUUUGCAAGAAACGCUGUCGGAGUACUCAGCACCGAGAAUCGAAAGAUCUGGUCCAGUCUUCGCGACGUCCUCUCACGAGAGGAAGGCUCAAAUAACUCUGACAGCCUCAACAUCGUCGACUCUGCUCUUUUCAUUCUGUGUCUCGACUACACAGAGCCAAAGUCCGGCGCUGAUCUCUGUAUGAACAUGCUCUGCGGAACGUCUCAGAUCGAAGACGGUCUGCAAGUUGGCACAUGUACCAACCGUUGGUAUGACAAGCUGCAACUCAUCGUCUGCAAGAACGGCAGUGCGGGCAUCAACUUCGAACACACAGGUGUAGACGGUCAUACAGUCCUACGUUUCGCAUCUGACGUCUACACUGACACCAUUCUUCGCUUCGCUCGUACUAUUAACGGCAAAGCACCCUCGCUUUGGGCAUCCGACUCACCCGAUCCUGCUAAGCGAGAUCCAAACAGCUUCGGCGACGUCUCGACGACACCUCACAGAUUGGAAUGGGACAUGCUGCCAGAAGUCUCCACAGCCGUUCGAUUCGCCGAGACUCGUCUUGCAGACCUCAUUCAGCAGAACGAGUUCGCAACUCUUGAGUUCAUGCAGUAUGGCAAGAACUUCAUGACCAGCAUGGGCUUCUCUCCAGAUGCUUUCGUUCAGAUGGCCUUCCAGGCAGCUUACUACGGUCUGUACGGAAGGAUGGAGUGUGUUUACGAACCAGCCAUGACCAAAGUCUUCUUCCACGGCCGCACCGAAGCUAUUCGACCAGUCACUGAUGAGUCUACCGAAUUCGUCAAACUCUUCUGGGGAGACAACCCGCCUUCCAAGAAAGUCGAAGCGUUGCGCAAAGCUUGUCAAAAGCACACCGAGAUCACAAAAGAGUGUGCCAAAGCUCAAGGACAAGACAGACAUCUUUAUGCCUUGUUCUGUGUUUGGCAACGAAUGAUUGAUGGUGAUGAGGAAAUUUUGAGUCAGAACGGAGACAGUGGUGACAACCUAGACGGGAACUCAUCCGAUAUGAUGAGUGACGAUGACAGCUCUCGAAGCUCGAUGAACAGAGUCCAAACCAAUACUGGUGUCAUGCCAUCUUUGUUUGCCGACGGUGGCUGGGACCGACUCAACACCACCAUCCUUUCUACGUCCAACUGCGGCAACCCUUCUCUGCGUCAGUUCGGAUUCGGACCCACCUCAGGCGAUGGCUUCGGUAUCGGCUACAUCAUCAAAGAUGGUAGCGUUAGUAUUUGUGCAUCUUCCAAGCAUCGUCAAACGAAGCGUUACAUCGAUGCCAUUGAAAGCUACUUCUUGGAGAUGAGGAAAGUCCUACGACAGACACAAAGAAGAGGCACAAACACCGACAAGCUCGCCAGCCGUGCACGAGAAGUCGAAGAGCUGAAGGCAAAAGCAAGGCCCAAGAGUGCUAGACUGAAGUCUCGUGGCAAGCUUGUUGAUGGUACUAGAACACCCGCCAUGGAGAGUGAGCAGGUCAGCGACGAUGACGGUUUAGGUGGCUAUGGCUUCUUCGAUGCUGGAAUGCUAUUACAAGCGCUGAAGCAGGAGCAAGGCGGCAACAUCAAGCCUAGUCAAAAGGCUGCGGCGAGGAACAAGGUUGGAAAGAAGUUGCAAUUGAUGGACUAUUAGCAGAUUGUCGCUUCUGUUUCAUGAUAUAUCCGAUCUAAUGCCAUCUUUAUUGUCGAC